GACUUGCCGUUCUGUAAUUAUACACGAGUUGGGGAGCCAGGCGCGAGGAGCCAGGAAUCAGGCCAGAAGUCAAGUGUCAGCAUUCAGGGGCCACGAGCCAGGACAAAAGGACCAACAAGUUGCCAACCCAACCCAACCAAACCCGAUUCCAUUCAAUUCUCGACUGCCCGGCACUCCGGCAGCCCGGACGUGAAAAGCAACAAAACGGCAGCCGUGGAUUCGAACACGCGGCGCAGCUCAGCCACUGUGAAAGCGACGUCGGCGCCCCCACAGCCGCCCACCACGUCGCUGACAAUUUGCCAACCGCCCCCGCCCACCCCGCCCUACCAGCGGCUAACCAAAGCGCUGCAAUGCGAUCCGCGCUGCGGCCACGAGGUAACCAUCGGCCGGCGCAUCGGCCUCUACAGAUUUUGUGGCGACAUCGGACGCGGCAACUUCUCGAAAGUCAAGCUCGCCGUCCACCAACUCACGCGUGACAAAGUGGCCAUUAAGGUGGUGGACCUGGAUCGGGCCGGUCUAGAUGCCAAGGCACUUCGCAUGCUGUCCAGUGAAAUAGCCACUCUCGAGUGUGUUCAUCAUCCAAAUAUACUGAGGCUUUUUGAGGUGGUUGAGACUUUGGGGAGGGUCUAUCUGGUCACCGAGUGGAUACGCGGAGGGGAACUUUAUAAUCACAUUACCCAAGGAGGACCUCUGAGGGAGAUUCAUGCGGCUCCUUUGUUUAAACAGCUACUGCUGGCCGUUAAACAUAUGCACAGCCUGGGCUAUGUUCAUCGAGACAUCAAGGCCGAAAAUGUUCUACUCCUCUCGGAAGAUCGCCUGAAGCUAGCCGAUUUCGGUUUCAGUACACAACUUAUCAAUGGUGCCAAUCAGAAGCUCGACACUUUUUGCGGCUCGCCUCCGUACGCCGCGCCGGAACUCUUCUCCGAUGACCAUUAUAUUGGAGCGCCGGUGGAUGUAUGGGCCCUGGGCAUUUUGCUGUAUUUCAUGGUGGUUGGCAACAUGCCGUUCCGAGCCCCCACCAUUCCCGGCCUCAAAGCAGCCAUUCUCAAGGGCGACUACCUGCUGCCCGGGCAGCUCAGCUUGCCCUGCAUAAGACUUAUACAACGCAUCUUGAUCCACAUCCCCGCCCAGAGGCCCACCAUCGACGACAUGCUUAACAGCCAGUUCGUAACCUGUCCCAAGCUGAGCGCCGACCUGAUGCAGUGGGAGAUCAACCAGCACAGCAAGCCCGCCAAGCGCUCCAUCUUCUGGGUGCGGAGCAAGUCACAUCGUCUGAGGAAGACCGCCUCGCUUAGGGAUCGGUACGCCGAGGUGGUGAAGAAGCCAGCCAUAAGUAUGAACACCCGCCAGCAGGACGAGAUGUUUGUCCAGAAUUUCCUUCAACCAAUUGAGCUGAAUCACGAGCUUAUGCUCCAGGGAUCCGGUCAGUUGAAGGACACAGCCCAGCAGUCAGCGGAGCAGGCCAAGCGACCCACCAGACGCUAUUUGCUCUGCGGUAGUCUCAAGAAGAAGGUCACACCCAUGGAAACCGAGCCGGAGAAACAGUUGCCCAACGGUGGGUCGGCCAAGAUUAAUCCGUGGAACGUGGAGGUGGCCGACGACUGUCCACUCUUCAAGAACUAUGACGCGGAGACGGGCAGCUGCAUCAUGUUGCCCACGAACACGGAGGAUCUCAGUCAGCUGGGCGCCCUCGAAUUUGAGGCCCGGCAAAUUUUGGCAGAUUUCGGUCUCACAUCCGAAAUGCUGAUCAACUCGAGGCAGAGUGGACCCCGCUCCGACAUCAUUGGCGCCUAUCGGAUUGUGGUCAACCGACUGCAGAAGCAAUCCUGGCUGGCACGCAAGCACGUGGAGAUGGCCCUGCACAUGGAGCCCAAGGCGGAGAAGCGAGUGGAACGCUCGUGUUGCAUACUUUAAGUGAAUUAGUCUUUCAGGAUCCGGUUCCAAGUCCGCGGAUAGUUGUUGAAUGUUUAUAUUACUCACUUGGUUCUAGCGGGUCCUAGGAUAUCCCUUUGAAAGGAAAGGCAGACUUUGGUUUCUAAAGGCGCCUCAAUAAGUCAGGCUCUCAAAAAUGUUAAGUUAGACAAAUGUUUCUUAAAGGACACCGAAGAAGAUUAUAAUAGAAAAAUAAUAAAGAAGCUUGAAGAAGUUUUUAAAAAGAAUUUGAAAUGGCUAAAAAUAACCAAAUAGAUGAUCCAAAAAAAAGGACAUCCAAACAUUGUUAGCCAAGUUUGCCUUUCCGAAGGGAUCAAGCCAGGACACCGCAGGAUAAACCCAAUUAGUGUCAAUUUGCCAACUGCAUAGGCGCGAUUUUGCUGUUAACGUAGUUUCCAAAACAUUUCCUCCUUGGUUACUCACUCGAGAAGUUCCUUAUUUUGUGUGGAUUGAGUUUGUCCAACUGUUGAGUCCAGAUACGGAUAGCGAAGUUAAUAUAUAUACAUACAUAUAUAUAGAGAUAUAUACAUAUAGUCCAAGUAUUAUGUAUUUAGUUGUUGGUCCAUUUUUGAACAUAUACAGACGAAUUAUACGAAAACGAAUAUGAAACAUUAUGAAUACGUAUUACGUACAUACAUAUAUACACACUUAGCAAGAAAGCGAUAGAUCGAUCGAGUUUUAAAUGUAUAACGUUGCAUAAAAAUGUUUAAUUGAUCAUCAAAAAGCUUGUGGGUCUGUCUGUAUGUCCGUCUCUUAGUCGUCUUGUGUGUGUUUUUUGCCCAAUUGUCUCCCGUGGAGUCAAUCGCGUACAAUAAAGCAGCAUUAUGAAUCGCAAUUGCAUUCGUACAAAUCGUAAA